AUGGCGCUGGAGCGUGGAGAUACCUCUCGCCUAUCUGACACCGAGGGUGGAGAGAAGCCGGUACGAGAGAAGCUACAGCAGGCGCACAUUACCCACGACACGAGUGCACCCGAUACCAUGGUUAACAACGACUCGGGCGAAAAAAUGGCCAACAGCAACGAGGGUCUGAAGGUUCAGCCUCGAGGCCUACUGCAAAAGAAACGUAGCUACGAGGAAAUAGAAGGCGAAGCAGUCAAGGACCCAGUAUCCGCACCGGCAAAGCACCACACCCGCAAGCGAUCACGCGAUAGCACUGCGGAGGAGGACCAGCUUAACAACGGCCGCCGGAAGGUCUCUGGAGAGCGUGCAAGAAAUGGCGAUGUCGCUGCCGAAAUCGAUAUGGACCACAAAUCAGGAACCGACGACGCCUCCAAGACACCGCCACAAAUCAUCACGCCCGAGCCAGCGGCCGAGGGUCAGACGGCGCCGACUGUUGAAGAAGUCGCCAGCCCGAAGACCAAGCGAAGCAGACUACUCUCCGAGACCCCAGCCACUGAGACCGAUAAUCCCGUGUCCAACGGCAGCCAGGCCUCGACUCAGCCAACCACCCAGAUCCCAGCCGGCAGCGGCUUCGCAAACGCCUCUGCGACCUCGCCAUUUGGCACUCUCGCUGGGAGUAAGUCGCCUGAGCCGACAACUUCAGCCAGUGCAUUUGCCGCCUCAGGCUUCAGUGCACUAUCCGGCUCCUCGGUCUCUGGUUUCGGCUCUGUUGCUAAGGGAAGCAGUGGCUUUGGCUCGGGUGGAACCUUUGCGACUGGAGCAAAGAGUGCCUUGAGGAGUCAGGGAGAGAACGAGCCGCCGAAAGCUGCAGGCUUCGGAGGUACCUUGAGUCAGUCGUCUCUGCUGUCAGGUGCGGCAAGUAGCACGCCGAGUGCAUUUGGAUCUGGCGCAUCGGGAUUCGGUAGACUCGGGUCUGAGGGCAGCGGAUUUGGAAGCGCAUUGAGCGGCACUGGAUUUGGAAGCUUGUCAGGUGGCGGACUGUCCAGCUUCGCGAGCGGUGGUAAGGCCCCUGCUCCGUUGGGAGGUAGCUCCAAAGCCGCGAAAAGCUUCGGCGCACCACCAGUCGAGGAUGAUGACAGGAGCGAAGAUGGAGGGGAUGUUGAGGACACCACAGGCAUGAAGAGUCCGUUGGCUGUUGCGGAGGAAAAGCAGGAUGAGCGCUUCUAUAAGCAAUCUGUGGAAACAGGCGAGGAGGACGAGACGAUCGAGUUCUCUUCCCGUGCGAAGCUCUACAACUUUACCGCCAACGCCGAAGGCAAGAAGGAGUGGCGAGAGCGUGGCCUGGGUUUCUUGCGGCUGAAUGUUAAGAAGCUGUCCGAUGAGGAUGAGAAAGCAAAGGCGCGGCUGCUGAUGCGUGCAGAUGGGUCGCUUCGGGUGGUGCUCAACACGCCUGUCAUGAAGGAUAUGAAGUUCGGAACGCCAACGGGGGGACCGCCACAAGGAGGUUAUAUGCUGUUCAUGGGUACUAUCGAAGGCUCCUCUGGACUGGAGCUCCUUCAGGUUAAGAUGAAACAGCAAAACUGUUUGGACCUCUACGAUCGGGUCACCGAGCUUCAGGAGAGCAUGUGA